CGCUUUCGUCAACCAACUUUUGGUACAGAUGAAUCUUUUUUUCUUCAGAAAAUCUUAUGGUAGGGAUAAAUGUUGACCAUGCGCUGUGAAACGUACCAUUCUCGCUAUCCAAACUGUCCAGUGUUCAUCUCGAUACCGCACGGGAAACCCAUCGAAUGUGUCGUAGCCGAGAACGAACGAGAAACGUAUCUAUUCAUUUAACACAUUCCCGGUGCGAUGGUGCGCCUCAGUUGCUGAUAAUCCGGACUCGAAUUUGGCAGCACAAACACGCGCUUUCCGAGUGGCUGAUCGUGAUCGUGCUAAAUGGUGCGCGGUAGUAGUGGAACUGAUCAUCAUCUCGGACACACGAUCGGGUACGAUCGGCUGUGCUGGCAGUGUAGUUCGGAUCGGCCACCUGCCGGAAUGCCGGUAAGGCAAGCGUGCGUGCGUGCGUUUCAGCAGGACGAUCAGUGAGCGAGUGAGUGAGUGAGUGAGUGAGUGAGUGAGUGAGUGAGUGACGGUUGAGCUACCAACGGGGUGAUGCUAAACGGAAGUACCGUACAGCCCCCGAUGGCGGACGCCCGGGUCGCAAUGGAUGGGACGGAUGGGGCCGCCCUCAACCUAACCGAGACGGAGGUGGUGAUGGAGCUGAUUGGCAAUUUUCUCAACUUCUACUACAUGCCACUGCUGGUGGUGGUUGGCAGCAUCGGGAACAUUCUAUCCGUGCUGGUGUUCUUCAACACGAAGCUAAAGAAGCUUUCCUCAUCGUACUAUCUGGCUGCGCUCGGCAUCAGCGACACGUGCUAUCUGGUGGGACUGUUCGUCACCUGGCUGAGCUUCUUUCAGGUGCACAUCUACACACGCGAACCGUACUGCCAGCUGUUCACGUACACGAGCGGUGUCAGCAGCUUCCUGUCCGUCUGGUACGUGGUAGCCUUCACGUUCGAGCGUUUCAUCGUCGUGCGCUAUCCGCUGAAACGGCAGAGCUGGUGUACGGUCCGGCGGGCGAAAACUAUCAUCGCCUGUCUCACGAUGGUUGGCAGUGUGCAUAGCGUACCGUACAUCUUCUACGCCGGCACACAAUACUCCGAGCGCAGCAAUGUCACCAUCUGCGAUAUGCGCAAGGAGUACACGUCACAAAUGGAAAUUUUCAACUACAUCGAUACGGUGAUAGUGUUUGUCGUCCCGUUCACCAUCAUCGUCGUCCUGAACUCCGUGACCAGCUUUACCGUGUGGCGUUUCGCUGGCUUGCGCCGUAACAUGACCCUGCCCAAAAGAAAACCAUCGAAUUUAGAAAUACGACGGCAGCUAAGCUUCCAAUACUUUUCAACCCAUCCCAACGGACGUAAUGGCAUUCUGAGGCGUUCCAGCAUGAGAGAAAACCGGAUGCUGCACUCCCAGAUGAAGGUCACCAAAAUGCUACUCAUCGUGUCCUCGGUAUUUGUGUGUCUCAAUCUGCCGAGCUACGUCAUGCGCGUUCGUGCAUUCGUCGAGACGGGCCAUUCGUAUCUUACCGUGCUGGUACAGUACUAUUGCUACUUAUUCUUCAUCACCAACUUUGGGAUCAACUUUAUACUGUACUGUAUUAGUGGGCAGAACUUUAGGAAGGCUGUGAUAGAAAUGUUCCGACGACAUCGUAAGAGCCGAGUGAAUCAGGAUCCGAUCAGCGGUUGCGGUACUCAAUCAGAACUUUUGCGUGCAUACGGAAACCUAGCACUGAGACGCACCAGUACCCCGAUGCUGUCUACCACAACCACCACCACCACAAACCGUACGGCGGAAACAUUGCUGUGGAAGGAUUAUGCUGACCCACCGGUUAUGAAUCUUCCCUGAUUCAUCACCCACGUGCCAGGGUUCGGGGCGAAAAUCCCUCGCGUUGUGAAAUGAAAUGUUCGGUUUCCUACAAAACAUCAGAUGUGUACAAUUUUUAAGAAAUGUAUUUUGUGUUUUGUAAACCGUAAUAACACAUUCAAUGUGGGAGCAAAAAUUAAAUGAAAUGCUGUACUGAUGAUUGUUGCAUACCGUUCGAAGGCAUGCUAUCUAUUUACACACGUCAGGGUACCCAAAAUGGUAUUGAAUGGGAUGAGCAAUCAGCUCAUUGUCUGUGCCUCUGUGGUCUCCUUUUCUCAUGUUUGAUCCAUUUAGUGAAGGGAACGGAAAAUGUGUGCACAUCGUAAGGAUCGUGGCAUGUGCCACACUGUGUCGCUUUUAUGUGUGUGUGUGUGUGUACAUGGUACAGGAAUGGAAUAAAAUGAAACGUAUACGAUA